UCGGGCCAGCGGGCCUUUACAGUUCCGUCGCGACGCCUGUGCCGUCCGUGUUAUGCGGCGCCUCCGCCUCGCUUUCCGCCUCUUUUCGAACACGUCGUGAGCGAUGUGGGACGCCAACACCUCCGCCAACCUCGCCAAAAUCAACUGUUCCGACGGCCUGAUCCUACCUUGUUGGCAACCUUUGGACGAUGUUUCCCUUCUGGACAAAACCGGCCGCGGCAUUCUCUAUUUUUUAUUUCUCGCUUUUCUAUUUAUUGGCGUCUCGAUUGUAUCCGACCGAUUUAUGGCAGCCAUCGAAGUUAUUACCUCGCAAGAGCGGGAGGUUUCCGUUCGGAAGGCAAACGGCGAAAAGCAAAUCGUCGUGGUGCGAGUCUGGAACGAAACUGUCGCCAAUUUGACCUUGAUGGCGCUAGGAUCGAGCGCUCCAGAAAUUCUUUUGUCUGUUAUAGAGAUCUAUGCUAGAGAUUUUACUGCCGGGGAACUUGGACCUGGUACUAUUGUUGGUUCUGCCGCUUAUAAUCUCUUUGUCAUCAUUGCCAUUUGCGUUUGGGUGAUCCCCAAGGGAGAAGUGAGAAAAAUUAAGCAUUUAGGGGUGUUCUUUGUUACUGCUACUUGGUCUGUUUUCGCUUAUGUCUGGCUCUAUCUUAUUCUAUGCUACUUUUCCCCUGGUGAGGUGGAGAUAUGGGAGGGGUUGAUAACCUUUCUCUUCUUCCCAUGCACGGUGAUUACUGCUUAUGCAGCAGACCGGCAAAUCCACAAAUUCAUUCGCAAAGACUUCAGAAUGAACAAGCGAGGGGUGAUUGUGCAAGCAGAAGGUGUUGAUAACUUGGAAAUGGUCAAUACUGAGUUGCUGGUUUUAGAUGAUGUCCAUGAAGAUAUCAAACAAGAAUACAUUUCAACUCUUAAGGAGCUUAGGCAACAACACCCCCAUACGGACAUAGACGUUCUUGAAAAAAUGGCCCACGAGAUCCUUCUUAAUAAAGGACCUAAGUCUCGAGCUUUCUAUCGGAUUCAAGCAACGAGAAAGCUUAUGGGAAGUGGAGAUCUAAUGCGGCGAAUCUCAGAGAGAGCCCAAAGCGACUUAAGUGAAGUUAAGGCAGAGUUACAGCGAGAAAGUGGAGUUAACGAAUUCACGCAGAGCGGAUCAAGAGUUUAUUUCGAUCCCAGCAAGUAUACGGUCUUGGAGAGCUGUGGCCAGUUCGAUGUUACAGUAGUUCGUAGUGGAAACCUUGAUCUUCCCGUGACAGUAGAAUACACAACAGAAGAUGGAACCGCUCAGGCUGGUAGUGACUAUGUCAAGUCUAAAGGUACCUUGCGCUUCCAGCCGGGAGAGAAAGAAAAACGUAUAUCCUUGGAAGUUAUCGAUGAUGACGUCUUCGAGCCGGAUGAACAUUUUUACGUACGACUGUGCUCUGCACAGCCUGCCGGGAGUUUGGGAUCGCCCAUGCUUGCCACAGUGAUCAUCCUGGAUGAUGACCAUGGCGGAUUAUUCAAGUUCGAGGCUCAGAACCACGAGUUGGUUGAAAGUGUCGGAACUUACGAUUUGAAAGUGGUUAGAUGUUCUGGAGCGAGAGGAAGAGUUAUCUUGCCUUACCAUACUGAGGAUGGAACUGCGAAGGGCGGUAAGGAGUAUGAGGAGCAGAACGGGGAGCUUAUUUUUGAAAAUAAUGAGUCAGAAAAAAUAAUCAGCCUAACAAUAAUCGAAGAAGACAGCUACGAAAAGGACGUCCUUUUCUACGUACAAUUAGGGGAACCACAGAUGUCUGGUGAUGAGGUAGCGAGCCUAGCAGCAGAAGCGGAAAAGAAACCGCCCGAAGAAAGGACGGAAAGGGAGAGGAUAGCGAUAUUAGGAAAACCUAGGCUAGGCGAAAUUACCAGGGCACAAAUUAGAAUAAAAGAAAGUAAAGAAUUUAAGAACACAGUAGACAAACUAGUACAACGCGCAAACGCGUCGCUUCUCAUUGGCACGUCAUCAUGGAAGGAGCAGUUCGUCGAAGCCCUAACUGUGAGCGCGAGUGACGAAGAUGAGCAAAAAGAACCAUCCAAGUUAGAUUAUUUUAUGCACUUCCUAACUGUCUUCUGGAAGGUGUUGUUUGCAUUAAUACCUCCUACAGGCAUGUGCAAAGGUUACCUGUGCUUCGUGGUAUCAAUUUUCUGCAUAGGUCUGGUGACGGCAGUAAUUGGAGAUGUGGCGUCACAUUUCGGAGCCACUUUAGGAAUUAGAGACGCUGUUACAGCGAUUAUAUUUGUUGCAUUAGGAACCAGUAUACCCGAUACUUUUGCAAGUAAAGUAGCUGCAAUUCAUGACAAAUACGCCGAUGCAAGUGUGGGUAACGUAACCGGCAGCAACGCAGUAAACGUAUUUUUGGGCAUAGGCGUGGCCUGGUCAAUUGCUGCUGUCUACCAUGGCAUUCAUGGAGAAAGCUUCAAGGUGGAUCCUGGAAGCUUAGCAUUCUCAGUUACAAUCUUCUGCACAGAAGCAGCAGUAGCUAUCUUUAUCCUACUGAUCAGAAGGUCAAAUAUCGUGGGAGGUGAACUAGGAGGUCCAGAGUGCCUCAAAUACCUUACAUCGUUCACACUCUUCGGUUUAUGGAUAGCAUAUUUAGUUUUAUCGACUCUUGAGGCCUACGGGGUUAUAGCCGGAUUUUAAAAUGUAUAAAUAAAUUUUAUUUUUAGAUUUUUUUAUAUGGUGGUAUAUUGGUCAUUAAAAUAUAAAGUAGUAACUAUUUUUUGAUAUUAGAGUAGGUACUAAAUAUGAUUAAACAUUGACAAACAUCCCAUAGAAAAUAAUAUGAAGACUUAAAACAAAAACAACGAAAUUCUAUUCCGACGCCAAUGAAGUCAUAAGCCCAAACGGACAAUUUACAUGAAAAUGAAUUGGACCUUUCGGUUCGUAUUUAUUUUAUGACAUCUCCGCGAUAUCCCUCAGGAUUCACAGACUCACGAACAUUUAGACCCGAGGGUAUUGUACUACAGAAAGGCUUCAAUAGCCAAAUGGUUUGUCUUUGGCAAGGCCUUAAUAUAUCAAAAUGGAAGGUUAAAUCAAACGUUAAAAUGGUGUGUACAAAAUAUAAUAUUAUUUUAAAUUUAAUAAAAAAUAGAUUGGUAAGUAAAAUGUUUUUGAAAAUGCGUGUAAGUAAGAGAAAUUAAAAGACAUUUUCAUGUCUUGCGUAUGUGAAGAAGGAUGUUGGGAUUUAUGCAAAAGAAUUUGCAAGAGUUUAUUAUUUGAACCAAAAUACAAAAUUGGUACCCUUAUUACGAAAAU